AGGGCACUGCAGCCGACUGUAAAUAAUACAGGAAUGUUUAGCUGCUGGGAAGUUAAUAAAACGAGGAAGAUCUGUUUCUUUUAACUUUUUUACUGAACUUCAUAGAACACUUACAGCACUUGCUCUUGGCUCGAUUUGGCGGAAUGAUACAGAUCACACACAUGCGUCAGACAUUGAUCUCCUGUAGUAUAACUGCGCAUAAACUAGAUCCCUACAUCACAGCCGCUCCAUCACUGGAAAGAAAAGAGGGCGUCCGAGGCCAUGAUGAGAGAGGAGAGAUCGGAAAAAGACCCACACACGAGCGAGAAGGAGGCGGCUGCGAGAGCGACGAAAAAUAGCAAAAAUAAAGACUCGUCAAACCUGGAAUCCGGGCUCCCACAUUAUUCUGUCAGUCCAGAGAGAACCCACGGCAUAGAGACUUCCACAACUGGCGCCCAAUCAACCUUUGGAUCAGAGAUGUCGGCUCCAAAUCCGCUGGAAGCACUUGGGCGAGUGCUGGCGGAAGUGUCAGCGGCAAGCCAUCAGCAGAUGGAGGCGGUCCGCCACCAGAUGGCCCAGCAGAGCCAAAUCCUGCUGGCGCUAGCGGGCGGGGUUGGAGCGGCACCGCCAACAUCAGCAGCCGUCUCCGGGCAACGCAUGGCAGAGACCGAGGACAUUUUUGAGGCCACGGCAGCAGCAUGCGGGUGGCCUGAAGAAGAGUGGGGGGUGCGACUGCUACCGCUACUGGCAGGGAAAACACAGCAGGCGGUGCUUAGCCUACCGGCGGCCUCCCGUGUGCAUUUCCCGGACUUGAGAAGGGCAAUACUGGACCGGGUCGGCAGCACAGCGGAGGACCAUCGACGCCGGUUCCGGGCACUAAGGCUGGGACCAGAGGACUGCCCGUUCGUGCUCGGGCAGCAGCUCCGAGACGCGGCGACCCGGUGGCUGCAACCGAGAGAAAGCGACAACCCGAUGCUGGAGCUCAUCCUGCUAGAGCAGUUCUUGGAGGCCAUACCAGCAAAGAAGCCAGCUACAAGAAGUUCUCUCGCAGCGGGCGUGGAGGAAGUGGUUGAAGGUACUUGGGAGGUGUUGAGCGCAAUGGAGGCUGAGACGCUCAGCCAUUCCCCCAUGGAGCGCCAGGACCUGAUCUGGGGUCCUAACGGCACGCUGGUUCUGAUCGGCUCAGUGUGGCCCGGGGACGUUUUUUACUUCUGUUAA